AUGACACUGAAGACACCGAGUCGCCGCGACCCGGAGAAGUUCCCUGCUUUUCAGCUGUUCAUUCUCGCAAUUGUCCGCCUUGCCGAGCCAAUUGCGCUCACCUCGAUUUUCCCUUAUGCUUGGGCCUUGAUCAAACGGUAUCAGAUUGGAAAUGAAGAAGAUGCUUCAUUCUAUGCUGGCCUCCUCAUCUCGUCCUUCGCUCUUGCGGAGGCCUUGAUGGGUAUGUAUUGGGGAGGGCUCUCGGACCGCAUUGGGCGAAAGCCCGUGUUGUUACUGGGAUGCGUGGGAACCAUGUUUAGCAUGAUCAUGGUGGGCUUUGCUUACAACAUUUGGAUCGCCUUGGCUGGGCGAGUCAUCGGUGGGCUUUUGAACGGCAAUAUUGCCGUCAUCCAGACCAUGGUUGGCGAGCUGGUGACAAAGCCUGAGCACGAGCCGAAGGCAUACUCUAUCAUGCCGUUUGUUUGGAGUGUCGGUACGAUCAUUGGACCCAUGAUAGGGGGUUUGUUUGCAGACCCCCACGAGUCGUACCCCCACCUAUUUCCCACGGGCUCUCUCUUCCAGCGCUUCCCUUACCUCCUACCGAAUCUUAUUUGUGCUGCGCUUCUUCUUGUCAGCAUCACGAUGGGCUACUUCUUGCUGGAAGAGACACAUCCCGACAUGCAGCCGCGCAUCUCCCUCCCCGACCACACGUUCCUCUCCGAGAAUACCCCCCUGAUCGAGACGUCAGACGCCAUCAAGCGCCCGGCUGUUGACAUGCGAGACGAAAACUAUGGCACCAUGCGGGAUCGAGAUAUCAAGGAGCCAAAAGACAUCGAGAAGCAGAACACCAAUAUAUUCUCCAAGAGAAUUAUGGCUGUCGUCGUCUCCCUCUCUAUCUUCACCUACCAUUCCAUGACCUACGAUCACCUUAUGCCCAUCUUCUUCGAGGACGACCGAGUUCCUAUUCACGCCUUGUUUGGCACGGUCAACCCGCUCUACUCCCCCGGCGGCCUGGGCCUCUCUCUCCAGGCUGUCGGCAUGAUUCUUGCAGUUCAAGGCAUCAUCGCGUUGGUCGUUCAAGCCGUCAUCUUUCCGCCACUGGCCGAGCGGAUAGGUGUGCAUAGGCUCUUCAUCAUUGUGACGGUUCUCCACCCGAUCGCAUACAUGAUUGUUCCCGGCCUUCUUUACGUCCCCGAUCAGCUCCUCUACCCAGCCGUUUACUUCUGCCUCGGAGUCCGGAACUUCUUGUCGAUUAUUCUGUACCCCUUACUUCUUAUCUUAAUCAAGGAGGCCACACCCAGCCCGUCAGUGCUGGGCAAGGUCAACGGUCUUGCGGCAAGUGCUGGUGCCGCCUGCCGCAUGAUCGCACCACCCGUUGCUGGGUAUCUUUAUGCCAUGGGGAAGAGGGUGGAUUGCACAGCGCUUGCCUGGUGGGGGAGUGCCCUUGUGGCUGUUUUUGGUGCGGUGCAGUGCUUCUCUGUAAAGAGGUAUCCGGCCCGGAAAACUGAGGAGGAGGAACGGUUUGAACCCUAG